AUGGAUGACCUACUCCCUCAAAGAUUCGUUCGAAUCGCCCGACAGCUCUCGGUAACUCCGGCUGAGCUUAUCGAGCCUGUUCUCGCCGACCUCCCAUAUCAUCGUAUCCUCGACCUUCUAGGAACUCAGUAUGGAGCCAAUUCUCCUUACGGCACAUCCCUUCAGUCAGCUCUCAGUAACAGCAAAGCAUGGGCGGUACUCCGCAAUCAAGACCUUGAUCACUUGGCGAAAUCCUGGAUAGCUCUAAACAGACUCUCCUUGUUGUCAGAGGGACAGCUCGAUUCAUCCUCUAUGGUGCCGAUGGUCUGGCCACCCCUCACGGUUAUUCUUGGGGAUGAUCUGGUGCGCGCCUUCUCCAGGAUGAUACUUCACAAGGAAAAGUUUUGGGAUCGUGGCACCAAGCUUCACGCCGUCAUACAGUAUUUGUCCAACCCCAAAGAUUCAACAGUCUUCCAACAUCCACGGACCGUUGCGGGGUUUCGCGCCAAAGGCUGGAAACCUGAAGAUUGUGUCGAAAUCAUUCCACGUCUUGUGGAGGCACAGAAACUUCUCAAUGACGAAAAGACAUCAGAGCUCCACCGCCUGGCCGAUCUUUACGAGCAGUUCCCAAUGUACCUGAAGACGCCCUUGGCACCUCAGACCCCACGGAAGAAUAUCACUCAUGUUCCUCGGCAACUACGGCUGUAUGCUCGGAGAUCGGGACGCACACUAUGGUCAUUUCGAUACGCUCACCCGAUACUAGUACCCUAUGACUGGUGUCUCCAGCUCUUUGAUGCUGUCAAUGAAGAGCUGGACUACUCUUUGGACCUGCAGAAGACGAGAGACGGCAUCCAAAGCAUUCGCACACUCGGAGAUACCCUCCCGCGCUUGAGUUCGACCAAAGGGCAGAAGCUUCAAGAGUACAAGAACGCCAUGCCUAGUACUCCAGCGGAGCUAGAGUGGCUUGAGUCUUUUAUGCGUGUCGUUGAACAAAUGGAAUGUCGUUUUCCCGAACUAGCUUCAAGUUUCAAGGAGAGUGCUGCACAUCAUUUCCCCGAGCGGAAAAUUACCAGUCCUCCUGUAAUGGCCAAAGAUCCCCCGAGUGUUCUUCUAGAACCGUCCGACUUUCAACAUUUCAUUGCAAAUUCACGAGUUCACAACGUCGCAAAUCAAUUACGAUAUGAUUUUGACCUGUCGAAAAAGGCCGCAAAAGAUGAAACAGAGCUGCCCAGCCUUCUCGCUCUUUACAUACCCGCGUCAUAUGUUCGGGAAGUUUCAUCCCACCUUUGGCCUAGCCUGGAUAUAAGUAUGAGAGAACUACUAUUCGAGCAAAUGGUUGAGGCCAUCAAGACGAGACUCUCCGAUACGCCUUCGAUGGCCGCUAACGAUGAUCCGCCUGAACGGUUGCACCGGCUCAUGCCAAUGAGCAGUCGCAAACGAAGUUGCUACGUCUGCCGUAUGGUUCUCGAUAAACCGCAUGCACAGCUGGGAUCGAUGUGCAUUCCUUGUGGAGAGUUCAACCUCGCGGAGAGAGCUUUGUCGUUACCCCAGAACAUGUCACUCAAGGAUAAGACCGCCGUCGUCACUGGCGGGCGUGUCAAUCUCGGCUUCCACACCGCCCUGCGGCUGCUUCGUUGUGGCGCUGCUGUCAUCGUAUCAUCACGUUAUCCCGAAGACGCCCUCUCACGAUACCGACAGGAGGGAGAUUUUGGCGAGUGGGCUCAGAGAUUGAGGAUAAUUGGGGCGGACUUCCGAGCAGCAGCUGAUGCUUUCGCUCUGGUUCAAAGCAUCAAGGAAAUCUUACAGCAAGAAGGAUGGAAGCUUGACUAUCUGAUCAACAACGCCGCCCAGACUCUUACAGAUCCCCUUGAAAAAGAGGAACGUGCCAUUGAACAUGAGCGGUUCCUGCUUGAAAAGCUGUCAGACGAUGAAAAAGAUGUGGUCGUACGCCAAGGCUACUCACCACGAGUACGAGGUGGUGCCAACCGUCUUCCUGGCGGUGUAGCAGGAAAAGUUUCUGACAGUAUUGCUGGGCCAUCAGCUCCCAACAACACGUCCCUUUCUGACUCAAUGUCUAAGCUACAAAUAUCUAGUACCGAGACACCAGCCCCAUCAUCUUGGGUUCAGUCGCUCUCGGAGAUCCCUUACGAGGAUGUCAUCACUGCACACAGCGUCAACACUUUUGUGCCUCUGAUUUUGAUCCGGGAGCUGCUACCUUCGAUGCAAAAAGGGGGUCACAUCGUCAACGUCUCGUCGAGAGAAGGGAUUUUCGAGUCAGCUCACCGUAGCCCUGCCAAGCAUGGCAAGCACGUCCAUACCAACAUGUCGAAGGCUGGCCUGAAUAUGAUUACCGAGACGGAGGCGCCGACGGCUUGGAAGCUAGGUGUGGCCAUGAACACUGUCGAUCCGGGCUACAUGAGCGCCGCUCCAGAAUUUGAACAGGCUUAUGGCGGCGAGCGACCCAUUGGCUGGGAGGAUGGUGCCGCCCGCGUUCUAUGGCCCAUAGCCCGAGAGGGCAGGGAGGGGAUGUAUUCUUCUCCCCCUAUUUGGGGACGAUUUUUGAAGCAUUAUGGCGGAGUGAGAGUUGAUACUCGGCUAGGCCGUGGGUGA